CUGGUGCCUACAAAAGUUUCUCUUAAGUCUUCUUCUCGUAGAUAUUCAGCUUCAAAGUAAACAUCCAUGCCCAUUGUCACAAUGGGGAAAAGUGCUCAGAGUUUCAACACAAGCAUCCGGAUAUCGUCAUGGAAAUCGGGCAUGCUAAUUCUGGUGUUCAUAAUAAUAGCUAAACAGGUGAAUUCACAAUCAGUUGAUAAGAACAAUACUCUGCUUAGAAGGUAUUGUAGAUCAUACCAAUCAACAUAUGGAGAAUCUUACUUAAGUAACGUCAAUACCACGUUUUCAAGCCUUCAGAGACAGUUGUCCGAUCCACAGGUGUACUAUGCCUUUGCCCAGACUACGAUUAAUGGUGACUUCGUGUACGCCUUUGCUUUGUGUAGGGUCUAUCUCUCGACCUCCCGGUGUUUGGCUUGUUUUGAGUCAGCAGUUAACGAGACAAAAACAUGUGGGAUUGCUGAUGGUGGUAACAUAAUUUAUGAUGAUUGUAGUAUAAGAUACGAAAACUUUGGCGUAAAUUUUGGUAAUUCAGAAGUGAUAUUGGAUAAUGAUGCCCCUCCAGGAGAAGUAUGUAGCAAUGAGUCAGCAUCUCAGCCAACAACAAGCUUCAACCAAGUGGUAGAGAAUUUGUUAUCUGAUAUUCGAGACGCCACUCCAAGAACACCUGAUUUCUAUAUAGCUACCACAAGGCCAGUGCCAACCGAUAAUACAACAGUGUAUGCAAUUGCACAGUGUGUUAGAAAUGUAAGCCAAGCCAUUUGUCGAGGCUGCUUGAAUACAGCAUAUAACAACUUACAAUUUUGUCUUCCCAAUAAGGAAGGAAGGGCCAUUGACAUGUUUUGUUUUAUGAGGUAUUCUGAGACUCCAUUUUUCGAAAGAAACCAAACAACAAACAUCACACCUUUUCUAAGUGAAGGAAGCUCUAGCAAUUCUGCAAUGAUAGCUGGAGUAAGUGUUGCUGUAGGUCUUCUAUUGCUUGUACUCGCUUUCUUGUUAUGGUAUCGAAAAAUGAAGAAAGCUAAGACUAUUGAAGAAGCUGAAUCUGGACUACAACCAGAUAAAAGUUACAGUUACCAGCAAUUGCGAUUAGCGACUCAUGAGUUUGGAGACGAGUGUAGAGUUGGGAAAGGAGGUUUUGGUGAAGUAUUCAAGGCAAUUAUAGACCAUGAGAAUAUAGUAGCGGUGAAGAGACUGCAUGUUGGUUAUGCUAGAGCAAAAUCAGAAUUCGAAAACGAAGUGAGGCUCAUAAGUAAUGUGCAACAUCGGAAUCUCGUACGACAACUAGGUUGGUGCAUUGAGGGAUCUGAGUUGCUUCUUGUCCUAGAAUACAUUCCACAAGGCAGCCUUGACAACUUCUUAUGGGGUGAAAAAAGAGGCACUCUGAACUGGCAGAAAAGGUUUGACAUUAUCUUUGGGGUUGCUAGGGGCCUUGUCCAUCUUCAUAAUGAAUUCCAUGUCAAAAUAAUUCACAGAGAUAUAAAAUUGAAUAAUAUUCUCGUGGACGAUGAUUUUCAACCCAAAAUUUGUGAUUUUGGAUUGGCAAGACUACAGCCAGAGGAUCAAACCCAUGUUAGCACAAAGCUAGCCGGCACACUAGGGUACAUGGCACCAGAAUAUGCGACAAAGGGACAUUUAUCAGAGAAGGUUGACACCUACAGCUUUGGUAUCGUAAUCCUUGAAGUCAUCAGCGGACGAAGAUGUACUGAUGAAAACUUUAGUGGACCAGAAACAUCUCACCUUCUUGAACAUGCAUGGCAAUUGUAUGAGAGAGGCAUGCACAUAGAGCUAAUCGAUCAAGAGUUGAGUAUAGAAGAACAACAUAUAGCAAAUGUGAUGAAAACCAUUGAGAUUGCUCUAAUGUGCACUCAGUCACCAGCUUCUUUGAGACCAACCAUGUCAGAAGUUCUUUUGAUGUUGUCAAGUGGGAUAUCUGUGAGGCCAGGAAAACUAAUCAAGCCUAGUUUCAUUGAUUCUCGUAGAGUGAUCCACAUGGGCGCAUAUCGGUCACAGAACAAGUAAUACAUAUAAAUGUAUAAAAUAGCACAUUUUAUUGAGCUAUUGUGCACAUUAGGUGUCCACUAUCAUUUAGCAGCUCCACAUCGAGGACAACUUUUUUGUUGUAACCACAUUUAUUUUUUUAUGCAAGAUCAAAUGCCAUGAUAACCUUCUUGAUU